CCGAGGCAGGCGGAGGCGGCGGUCCCAGCCCUGGGGCGGGGCCACGCGUGCGGCGCGGAGAAUUAAGGAGCGUGGGUGCCCGCCCCCAGUGCCCCCAUGGCUACCGAGCAGUGGUUUUCAGGGCUGGGCCCCGGGAUAACGCCACCGGCCCUGGAGGACCUGGAGCCCGGGGCACAGCCUUGCGGGAACCCGUCGUGGGCCACGCCGCCCGGCAGGCCGGAGGACCCACCGGCCACGGAGGCCGAGGGCGCCCAGGUACAGGUGGCCGAGGCUGCCACGCUGGACGCAGGCCCCGCGGUGGCGGCCCCGACGCGCCUGACCCUGGACGCGAUGUUCAGUCCCAUCACCGAGCAGCUGCGCUACCUGCUCAAGAAGGCGGACGACUUCCAGAGCUACCUGCUCUACAGGGACCAGGUCCAGAAGGAGCAGCUUGCAAGGGCCAUGCCCACCUUCCUAAGGAUGUGCGAGCCGUACUUCCUGUAUCUGGAGGCCGCUGCACGGAGCACUCCGCCCAUCCACGGAGCCCUGCAGGAGAUGGUCCGGAAGGGGCUGUUGGACAUCUCCCAGCAGCUCACCCUGUGCCUGGAGCAGCUGGUCCUCAUGUACGCCUCCUUCGGCUUCGUGGAGCUGGAGGAGACGGACCCUCUGAGCAUCUCCAGCUUCUUCUGUGGCAGAUUCUCCAUCAACCCUUUCCAGGAAGUAUCCAUCUUCAGGUACUGCGCCCCGGCUGCCUACACCGCCAGCCGUCAGCCCCGCUACCUCUACAAAAAGAUGCGCUGGAACCUGGAAACCACUCCUAAGCCCAGCAGCCAGGGGCAGCACGCCCGUGUGGAUUACUACUUCCUGUGCUACCGAGAUACGUGGGAGGACACGGGCCAGAGUCCGGCCACUUCUUGUCCCCAGAUCCAGAAGCUGUGGUCCAUCGGCAGAUGGGUCCCCCUAGGACCGGAAGACGACGACCUCUAUUCAUGGGUGUCGUGCCCGCAGCCGCCCGGAGACUACCAGCAGCUGCUGACCAUUGGCUUCGAGGAGCCGUCGCACGUGCUGGCCACCGACCUGCUGUUGCAGGUGCUGGCCGGCCAGGCGGGGCCGGCGCGGGGGUGCUGAACCGGGCGCAGGGCGCUGAGUGAAGCAGGGCUGCUCCGCCCUCCAGGAGCAGGGCGUGCGGUCGCCUGAGCUCCCAGGACGGCCGGGUCGGGGUAAGCUGUGCGAACCGAAUUUCACGUUAAAUAAAAGAAAGAGGUCACA